AUAAAACCGUAACGGGGAAAGAGAGGCACGUGAGAAACACGCCCCUGGAGUUAUAUAAAUAAAGGGUGGUCCCCCCUCAUUUCACUUUCAACUCAAUAGUGAUUCUCUUGCGGCGCGUGGGAAACGGGUGAAAGCUAUGGCUAAUCUUCCUCCUUCUUUCGCUUCCUCCAAGGCUUCUUCUUCCAGCAACGAUCCCAAGCUCUCUCCCGUGGAGCAGUUGGUGCUCGACAUCUGUGACCCUGAACUCAGGGAGAAUGCUCUUCACCAGCUUGCCAAGAAAAGAGAGAUCUUUGAUGAGUUGGCUCCGCUGUUGUGGCACUCUGUUGGUACUACCGCUGCUUUCCUUCAGGAGAUCAUCGCAGUUUACCCUUUCCUGUCUCCUCCAACCCUGACUGCUGCUCAGUCCAACAGGGUCUGCAAUGCCCUUGCGCUUUGUCAGUGUAUUGCUGCUCAUCCUGAAACGAAAAUGCCGUUCCUUAGAGCUCAGAUGCCAUUGUACCUGUAUGCUUUCUUGAAGACGUCAAGCAAGGAGAGACCCUUUGAGUACCUGCGUUUGACUAGCUUGGGUGUUAUUGGUGCACUUGUCAAGGUUGAGGAUAGGGAAGUGAUCAAGUUCCUUCUUGAAACUGAAAUCAUCCCAUUGUGCCUCCAGACAAUGGAAAGUGGCAGCGAGUUAUCAAAAACUGUUGCAACCUUCAUUAUUCAGAAAAUUUUGCUGGACAACGAAGGGCUUCGCUACAUAUGCGUCUGUGUGGAUAGAUUCUUUGCUCUGAGUCGAGUUUUGGAGAGUAUGGUGACUUCACUUGCAGAAGCACCUUCUCCUAGGCUUCUAAAGCACAUCGUCCGCUGUUACCUUCGCUUGACAGAUAACACCAGGGCCUGCCUUGCACUCAGAGUCUACCUCCCGGAUCUUCUAAGCGAUACCACCUUCACCAGCUGUCUCUAUGAUGAACCAGCUGCAGUGCAGUGGCUGCAGCAAAUGCACCACAACAUCAGGGUUAAACCACCGCCAGGGCUCUAGAAUUUGUUUGUAAAUCAAAUCGGACCCCUGAUUUUUAUUUUCUUGGCAAAAACUUCUAUUCAUUGGACCAAAAUUUAAAGGGGGAGGGGGUUAAGAAUUUACAGAUGAGGAUUAUAAACUCAUAACCAAAAUAUUUUGGAUAUUUUAUAUGUAUUUGGAUUACCAAACUGCCUUAUGAAUGUUGCAAUUAAUAAUUA